AGGUCUAGCAGUUUCGACGCCGCACCAGGGCGCCGCACCUGCUCCAGCAUGCGCGGCCCUCGGACGUUGUCGCUUCCGGGAGAGUUCCGAAUCAAUCCGGGGCCUAAAGCGGCAGCAGGGACCGCAUCAGAAGGAGUGUGCCCCCGCGAUAAGACAAACAACGAGCCGGAGCCCGAAGCAGAACCCGAGCCCAUCGGUAAGCGCCCGGAGGUGGGCUGCUCCCUCGGGGUUCGGCAGCUCCUUGGUUUUAGUUUUCCGUCCAGGCCGCGCGUUGCCGUUGUAUUGGCCUCCUGCCCGGCUGAUUUUGGGCGCCUCCCUUAGUUCGUGCGCGCCCGUGGGCCGCCCCGAAGACGCCGACGGAGGGGCCGCCGCCCAAGCCCGGGGAGGCAUGCCGGGAAUGCAGGGAG